CAUCACCGAGUCGUACCACCGUCCACAGCCAACAUCGCGCCAGGCGCCGCUGCACCACCUCUCCUUUCCCCAGCUCCCGCGCGACGGUAAUGGAUUGAGAUUUCCCUCGGGCCGCCAUGAACCGAGCGCCAGGUGAACAUGCGACCACCACGAUGUCUCGUCCCCGCCACGGAGCUCCAAUCCUGGAGAGUGCUCUCCGGAGCCCCUCAUAGCAGAGCUGCUGCGACGCCGAUCGUGCGACGAUGGAUGUCGUCACCUGCGGCCUUUCAGGCGCCCCGGAUGGUCGCUGUUCUUCCAUUGAGGAGCCCUGCCUUCUUCCUAUCCAAUCGCCUCUUUGAGCGAUCCAAUUGCCUCGAUUUCAUCGUGUCCCGCCGUGCCAAUGGUGGCAUAUCGUCCACGGCCACCACCGCCUCGACCCCCGAAGCUGCCGACUCAGCAAUCUCUUCCUCCUCCGAAUCCUCCGAAUCCGACCCGAAUAUCGCCCCUCAUCGCCGCCGGCAAGCUCAAAGGCGCGCUGCCGCUGCCGCCGCCGCCGCCGCGGACGGAGAAAAGCCUCUCCCGCUCGAUGCCUCGUCGCAAUUGACCUCCCACGCAGCCGCGCAACCGACCAACUCCAUCCGCCGCACUAUUUCGAUCUUGAUGUCACUCUCAAAACCCCGAUUGACCAUGCUCGUCGUGCUAUCGGCUAUGGCUUCCUAUGCGCUCUAUCCAGUCCCCGAGAUGCUAGCUCCGAGCACUACCGAAACGCCAAGCCUGAGCCCAUUGACAUUGCUCUUCCUCACGACCGGUACCACACUCUGCUCAGCUAGCGCGAACGCCUUCAACAUGCUUUACGAACCCACCACCGACGCCAAGAUGAGCCGAACUCGAAACCGUCCCUUGGUGAGACGCCUCAUCUCGACACGCAGCGCCGUAGCCUUCGCUAUCCUGGCCGGAGCCACCGGAGUGGGAGCCUUGUAUGUUGGUGUCAACCCAACCGUUUCGUUCCUGGGUCUCGCCAAUAUUUUUAUAUAUGCCGGCAUGUACACCCCGCUCAAGCGCAUAACGGCCUUUAAUACCUGGAUUGGCGCUGUCGUGGGCGGUAUUCCCCCUCUGAUGGGCUGGGCUGCUGCGGCUGGUGAAGCUGCCACCAAAGAUGGCUCCUGGCGAGAACUUUUGUUUGCCAACGACGGUUCGUCUAUUGGCGGUUGGCUCAUGGCAGGACUUCUCUUUGCCUGGCAAUUCCCCCACUUCAUGGCCCUCAGCUGGCCCAUCCGAGAGGAGUACAAGGCCGCUGGUCUUCGCAUGCUAGCAUGGACGAACCCCAAGCGCAACUCCCAGGUUGCCCUCCGAUACAGUCUCAUUUUCAUCCCUCUCUGUGUGUCGCUAUGCGCUGUGGGCGUCACUGAAUGGUCAUUUGCGGUGACGAGUUUCCCCAUCAACGCCUGGCUCCUUCGGGAGUCGGUGCGCUUCUGGCAACACGAUGGCCACCAUGGGAGUGCCAGAAGCUUGUUUUGGGCGAGUGUCUGGCAUCUGCCAGGCGUAAUGAUCUUGGCUCUUCUGCAUAAGAAGGGUAUGUGGACCAGGGCGUGGAACAGCGUAUUCGGCGAGGAUGAAGGCGAAUGGGAAGAGGAGGAAUUGGAUGAGAUGGUAAUCAUGGCGGCAGAGACCUCAAGCAGUCGGUUGCAAGACGCCAAACCGUCAAGAUGAUGACGGCAAUGUAAAACAGAUGUAUGAUUGACAGGGCGGCAUUCAAUGGAUGUGACAAGACCUGGCAUCCGCCUCACCGAGACGUGGUUCGUUUUGUCACAUUUCUUUUGCAAACGAACUCAACACCAUUGUAAACUAUAUCUAAGUUAUAUAUGAGACUCAAAAGAUGGAGACAAACAAUGAACAAAAACA